CAUGGCUGCGUUCGGCGAGGUGGUGGCGCGGCGGGCGCCCGGGCUGUGGUGGCGGGCGGCUUGCGGGGCGGCGCGCGGGGCCGCGGGGCUCGGGGGCCGCCAUUUGGCGAGCGGCGGCGCGCAGAGGCCGCCCACCUUCGGGUUCCUGUUGGACAUCGACGGGGUGCUGGUGCGGGGCCAUAGGAUCAUCCCAGCUGCACAGGAAGCCUUCCAUAAGCUGCUGAACCCCGAAGGGCAGCUGCGGGUGCCUGUGGUGUUUGUCACAAAUGCGGGGAACAUCUUACAGCAUGGCAAGGCCCAGGAGCUGUCCGCCCUACUGGGCUUCCAGGUGGAGCCUGACCAGGUGAUUCUGUCCCACAGCCCUAUGCGGCUCUUCUCACAGCAUCACGAGAGGCGGAUGCUGGUGUCUGGGCAGGGGCCCCUGGUGGAAAACGCCCGAGCACUGGGCUUCAAGAGCCUGGUCACAGUGGACGAGCUGCGGGCAGCCUUCCCUGUGCUCGACAUGGUGGAUCUCCAGCGGCGGCCGAAGACCACGCCCCUUCCAAGGAACGACUUCCCUGCUAUCGAAGGGGUGCUCCUCCUUGGGGAGCCAGUGCGUUGGGAGACCAGCCUGCAGCUGAUCAUGGACGUCCUCCUGAGUGAUGGGAACCCUGGCACGGGUCUGGCAACGGCCCCCUACCCCCACCUCCCUGUCCUGGCCAGCAACGACCUCCUCUGGAUGGCCGAGGCCAAGAUGCCUAGGUUUGGCCAUGGCACCUUUCUGCUGUGCCUAGAGGCCAUCUACCGGAAGGUGACUGGCAAGGAGCUGCGAUAUGAAGGGCUGAUGGGUAAACCCAGCCUCCUCACCUACCAGUACGCGGAGGGCUUGCUCCGGCGGCAAGCGGAGCGGCGGGGCUGGGCAGCCCCCAUCCGGAAUCUCUACGCAGUGGGUGACAACCCCAUGUCUGACAUCUACGGGGCCAACCUGUUCCACCAGUACCUGCAGACGGCGAGGUCGGUGGGGGCGGAGGAGGGGGCCAGGGGCCCCUGGAAGCAGCAGCCCUCAACUGCUCGGAGCUGCACCUCCAUCCUGGUGUGCACGGGGGUGUACAGCCCCGAGGCUCCAGAGUCCCCAGGGCCUGCCCCGGGGGGGGGGCCUCCCUUCCACGGGCACCGGGACUUCGGCUUCAGCCCCGGCCUCCUGGAGGCAGCCCAUGUGGUGAGCGACGUGCACGAGGCUGUGCAGCUAGUCCUCCGUAAGGAGGGCUGGGCUCUGUAGGGCGGCCCCGGGGGUGGGGGCCACUGGCUGCUGCCUCCCAGAGCUCCUGCUGUCCCCAGGGGUGUUGACACUGCGGCUUGCAGGGACGCGCUGGCUCUCUUGCUCAGUGGGGGCCACAGGCUUGUACCCUGGGUAGCCCUUUGGGUGGAAGCAUCAGAUUUUCUGGGCCCAUUACUGUCUGCCUGUCCUGGCAGCCUGACCCCAGGUUUGUCAUCAUCCCUCAAGUGGUAACUUCUGCAGAAGGAGUGGCGGUGUGGCCUCUGCCCGUGCCAGCAUGGAGUGUAACUAACACCCCAACACUAUUUUGUUUGGUAUUUUAUCUUGUCGCCCAGAUAUUUCAGACUUAUUUUUUUAAGAUAAUCAUAAUAAAUAUUCGUUUUGCUGUCUCUACGAA